AUGGCGUGCCCAGCGUCCCUCGUCCCCGCCUCGGCGCCGUUCUUCCCGAGCCCGUGCCACCGCGUGCAGCGAUUGUCUCCGUCGGCACGGCCGUUCAAGCCGUCGCCUGCUCGCGUCGUCCUGGUGCGGUGGACACCGCCGCCUCGCGGCUGGUUCAAGCUCAACUUUGAUGGAUCGGUCUACCACGACGGCUCCGGGCGGGCAAGCAUCGGUGGCGCCAUCCGCGACAGCACCGGCCGCGUCGUGCUCUCGUUCGCUGAGCGCACGGGUCACUCGACGGUCGGCAUAGUUGAGGCGCGGGCGAUGAUCCGCGGGCUGCGGCUCGCGCGAGGGCUCUGCCUGGACAGGGUGGUGGCGGAGGGCGACGACCUCGUGCUGGUGCGGCUGCUGCGCGGCGAGGAGACGCAGACCCGGAUCCCGGUGGCGAUGCAGGAGGAGAUCCUCGGCCUCCUCCGCUCUUUCUCCGGGCGCGACGUCCGGCACGUGUAUCGGGAGGGCAAUCAGGUGGCGCACACCCUCUGCCGCCAGGCGUACCAUUCCCCGGGCGUGUGGGCAGGCGGGCUCGUGCCGGCCGCCGUGUGGGAGAAGGCCGAGGACGACCGGCGUGGCGUGGCGCACGAGCGCGCAGUGGUCCGUGCAGCAAACACAAAGACGUGCGGUUUUACUAACGAGCACCGAGAACGCGCGCCGCUUGUGUUCUCUUCCACGGCAACGGCGGACGGCCACGGCCAGAGCGGCGGCCUGGUGGCGGACGGUGGUGCCCGUGGUGGGUGCCGGCCGCACGUCGAGGCAGGGGCGGUCGCGCGCGUCGGUGUGUGA